CUUUAUGAAAUUCUUUGCUUGGCUAGAGGCAUUAAGAAAUGAUUAGAGGGGUUGUUGACUCCUCCUUGAUGUCCGUAAAACAAGACCGACUUUUAGAGUUUCUGUCUGUCGAGAGUUUUCUGCUAAUGAGAAAACCUGUCGGAAAAGUGACUCUACAAAAAAAGAAAAGAAAAGUCUUUACCUCACAAUACCACAUCCGAGGGUGUUUUAAUAAAAUUAUUUGGCGCCGAUUUCUGAGUACGGGCGCGGUGCUUUUUUCACUAAGGGUUAUUUAUCAGGGUUCGUACGGGUGCUUGAAAUCCUUAAAUGCUUGGAUUUUAAUGUUGUCUUUUCAAGGUUUGAAAAGUGCUUGAAUUUCAGAUGUUGUGCUUAUAAGUGCUUGAAAGUGUAGCUGUAUUUCAUUCACCACAAAUAAGUAUCUCACUGAAUGGUUUUCUUAUCAGAUAUAAAAAUAAAAUGAGUCGCAAAAUGUAAAACCAAAAUUUCCCGGCCUGGGCUGCCUUGCGCCUCUGUUUCAACGUGUGACCCCGCCCCUCCUUCGGACAGUCGGGGAUGAGUGCGCUAACAUACCUGUAGGUUGCUGUUUUAAUGAGUGUUUGAUGGAAAAAGACAGUCGCAUGAUAGGUCUGGACUUUGGGUCCUGCUAUCCUGCCUGCACACAGCCUACACAUGACAGAAAGUCCUCCUUUUUUUUGUACCUGAUGAGCAGUUACAGUCUGUUUGGAAGCAGCUGUGACAUAGAGUUGCUGCAGUCAAUGGAUGCCAUGACAGACCUACAGCGACAGUGGUGGCUGGAUAAAUGUACUCAAAAUGCGUACCUCAUCACUCCGAAGAGCAGCUAAAGACUAGGAUCCCAGUUUAAAGACCUUAAGAAAGCCGAUCCUGGUGAAGGAAAUCCUAGGGAGAAAAGUAAAGUGCUAAAUGAGUUUUUUUCAGUUCCUGAAAGCUUUUAAAAAUAAUACUUUUAAAAUAGAACAAAAUGUU